UAACAGUUUUCGAUUUGAAUACACAAAUUUUGGAAAUGACUAAGGCAGUUACAGAAACUUUUAAUGGAGUAAAACGGUUUGAUCACUCGGUUGAUUUUACAAGAGAACGUCUGUUUUCGAAUUUAAACAAUAUCACUCGACAAAUGGGAGAAAUAAAGAUGAGAAUUGACAACACUGGUAAACAUGAAAGUAUAGCCAACAGAAUAUUGGGAAAUAUUCCUAGUGUUGACAAGUUAGAGUUGACGUUGCACUAUAUAAACACGCAACAAAUUUAUAUAAAUAUUUAUUACCGUGAGAUGGACAGAUAUGUUAAAAACUUUCACGACUAUGAAUCUUCAACGUUGUUAAAUUUUGCCAAUCGAGUCUUGUCUGAUAUGUGUAAUUCUGUCCCUUACAUGAUGGAGUCUAUGUAUCAGCAAGUAGUAAAACAAGAUAUUUUACGACUACUUUUAAAACGUCUUGAUAGGACAACAAUAAGUGAUUAUUUUUGUGAAGAAAACCAAUCAGUUGUGCAGAUCUUACACAAUUUUAUGAAUGACAUUCUUGUGACGAAUGUGGAGAGUUACAUAGUGACACAAACAGCUUACAUGAUGCAGAAAUUGUACAACAAUGGGAGCUAUCAAAAAGAAAGCGAAGACACCAACCAAGCAUUUUGGACACGAAAUAAGAAAAUAGUAUCAAUCAUGAAGACUUAUAUGGUUAAUGCAUCUUUAGAACUGUGGAGAUGUGAUCCUAAAAAACACGAGAAAGAUGUAACUUAUUUUGAAAUCACAAACUUCCUCCACGGAAUUAUUUUAAACCAAAUUAAUUUAGAACCAAAAGCAAAAUGUACAAACACAUGCGACGCUUUUACCUAUACAACAAAAUAUCAGUGUCACAAUGAUAAGUGGUGUAAAGAAGAAAUAAGUAAGGAACAAACAACGUGUGCAAAAAUCAUCAAUUGUCAAUACAUCGAUUCGUCCAUGGAGGUUUGUCGUUCUGGAAACAUGUCUGAAACCAACAGAAGAUACGAUUACGUCAAAUUUGGAAACGGAAUACAUUAUGGAGAAAGAAAGAGUUGCAGCAAACCUCGAUCAACUCACUUGGAAACUUACCGAUACUGGCUAUUCUUUAAAUGCACCUACUGUUACUGUGUGUGUGAAGAAAGGCCAUCGGUAUUUUCUGAGAUAUACAUUAAUAUGCGUAAGGUCAUAUCAAACAUUACUGACAACAAAGUUGUGACCGGUUUGCGCUUUGUUAAAAUCCACCGAGUUGUUCAUCUGCAAAUACAAGAAGGGAGAGUUCUCCCACAUGGACAGAUUGACCUUGAUAGCGUUCAGUGGGUGCCAGUUGAAGAUUAUAACGUCACUGAUAGCGCUUAUCGCGAUGGUAAGGACUAUUAUACUCUUAAAUGGGAACAAAGAGAAUUCGAUUUGGAUGACAUGUUUGCUGACGAGGGAAGCGUUGUCACUGGCGGUGCGUUUAAAAAAUUUCAUAAUCGACUGCACUUUAAGGUAUUAACAAGUCCAUACAAUUUUAUAACCGGGAGCCUGGGGAAUAAAAGCACUGUACAAAGUGAUCCUGCUCUUCUGUAUAAGCACAAAUUUUCUAAUAAAGAAUUGAAGCUUGACGGGGUCGAUGUUCCGAUUCGUUCAAAAGUUCACUCGACUGAAUUUACCACCAAAAAAUAUGUGAAAUUUACAAACACAGGAUACGAGGAAGAUGCUGGUCAAACGACGGUACCAUUUUUUGAUGCUCAACCUGUAGAAUCAGCUAUACCGGUUCCGUUAAGUGGGGUUGGGGUUUUUCACAAGGGAAUAUCCGGUUUUGGAGGAUUUAUUGCACCCAGAAUUUUCACUUAUAAUUUUACGAAACAUCUGGAAGAGGUGAUCAACCAGAUGAGUAAAAACGAUAAACUGUGAAAUAUUUACACCGUUUGGAAGAUAAAGCAGACCAAUGUGUAGCAUAAAAAAAAAUAUAUCACAACUGAUGGGUACUUGCUUUUGCUAUGGUAUCUUGAGCUGUGAAGUGUCAAACAUUGAAAUUGCUAUUAUUCAAAACUUGUUCUGACAGAUAAAGAUUUUUAUGUUUGCC